CCUGUCUUGUGUCCGUCUCUUGUGUCUCUUGUCCCUCCAUUCUCACUCCCCCUCUAGGGUCUCCGUUGACUUACCCGCGGGUCGGGACAACUGGCACCCAACGUGGGGCCCGAGCACGGGGGAUCCAGUGAAAAACGCUGUUCGGAGAGCCGGCGAAAAGAAAAAGAAAACGAAAGAGGACGAGAGUUGACGGGAACCUGCCGUCUCUUCUGAACCUCGAUGCGGAAGAUGAUAUCCCUAAUCCUGCUACAUGGGAUGCUGCUAGCCCUGACACCGACAGCAGAGGGCGGAAUGGGAGGUCCAGCUGAUCCAGAAAAACUGCUCAUAGUGCUAUAUGGGUCCCCCUGCGACUGCAAGGGUGGUCGCCCCCAAGCGAUCCCCCCGGUCUACACUCGCCAGACCGACUGCGGAGACAAGAUAGCGUAUCUGACAGCCGAGAGUUCCAACACUGGGGGGGUAAAACAGGGCUGGAAGUGUGUUCAGAAACCCAAAAUCAUACCGGUAAUUAAUGGCAAGCCAGGACCAUGCCCUUCAGAGUGUCAUUACACCUCGGAGAUGCACUCUACGUGCUACAAAGAGGCACAACAAUGUACAGGUCAAAAUGACAAGACUUACCUAACUGCCACCCAACAGAGUGAAUACUCUGGCUCCGUUGGGGGGGAGUAUGACCCCAAUAGUGUUCAUGGGGUCAACAAGUAUGGGCAAGCCAGCUGCCCCACCGGCCAGACCGGUAAGUCGAUCUGCUGGCCACCACAGGCCCCACUCCACAUAUCCGACGGUGGUGGGCCCUCAGAUAGGUUGAGGGAACAGGAGGUACAGGAACGGAUGGUGGAAAUUAUCGAACACAUGUAACCCCCCGUUCGUUACCAUCCUUUAGCUUUGCCCAAGUCUCGAGGUAUAGAUCUCGACACCCAAACUACUACCAUCCUAGAAGCCACAUUCCAAACACUUAACCUUUCCAACCCAAAAUUCGCCCAAGAGUGCUGGCUAUGUAUGACCCUUGGGGUGCCCAUGCCCAUCGCUUUACCUGUAACCAAUUCCUCCGCUGCCCUAGGAAAUAAUUGCAGCCUCUCCCUGCCCUUUAGGGUCCAGCCGGUACAGUUUAAUACCUCUCAAUGUUAUCAGGGCCUGGCUCAAAACAAUAGCUAUGAUAUAGAUGUUGGGUUUCAAACUUUUUCUACCUGCUCCCUAGUGACCAAUCAUUCUGCUGCUCUCUGCCCCGCUCCUGGCCACGUACUCGUCUGCGUACUCGUCUGCGGUGGGAGCCUGGCCUUCACCUCCUUGCCUACCAAUUGGACCAGGCUAUGCGUGCUGGCAGUCGUCCUCCCAGACAUUUCCCUCAUCCCUGGGGAUGAGCCUGUGCCCUUGCCCAGCCUCGAGUAUAUUGCAGGGCGACAUAAGAGGGCAGUCUUGCUGGUCCCCUUGCUCGUGGGGUUGGGAGUUUCUGGCGCCCUGGCCACUGGCUCAGCAGGAAUGGGGGUUGCGUUACACUCCUAUGCUAAGUUGUCUAAUCAGUUGAUUGAUGAUGUCCAAGCUCUUUCUGGCACCAUCACAGAUAUCCAGGAUCAGAUCGAUUCUCUGGCAGAGGUGGUCCUUCAAAAUAGGAGGGGCCUGGAUCUGCUUACCGCUGAACAAGGAGGGAUUUGCUUGGCCCUACAAGAACGCUGUUGCUUCUAUGCCAACAAGUCUGGAAUUGUCCGAGAUAAAAUCAAAGAACUCCAAGAAGACCUAGUAAAGAGACGAAGGGAGCUCUUUGAAAACCCCUUCUGGAGUGGACUGAAUGGAUUCCUCCCCUAUCUCCUUCCCCUGUUAGGACCCCUGCUUGGCUUAUUGAUCUUACUAUCUCUGGGACCUGUAUUGUUUAAAAAACUCAUGGCGUUCUUAAAGUCACAGAUUGAAGCCAUAAAAAUGGAGCCCAUUCAGGUCCAUUACCAUAAGCUGGAAAUGGCCGACCAGGGAACCUAUCUGGAGGUCUAACGGAGCCCUCACAUACCGGUGGGCCCCUUCCCCCUCUCCAGCCCUGGUGAGCUGGGCUGGAUAGCCAAUGACGGGCAACUGAAGAGACGUGUCCCAGGGGGGAGCCCCUAUGCGCCACCUAAGACAGGUGCCAGAUCAUUGAUUAUCUGGUCAACCCAUGACGGGUAAGGCGUGUAAAUGGGCACGUAUGUUCUUCUGACCUAAGACAGGCACAGCCCCCUCAGGGAAGGAUCCCUGGUCCCCUCUUUUUAAAAUAAAUAAAAAAGGGAGGACCUGUGGGAAACUAGCCCACCGGGCAAUCAUGUAUCAAACCGCCUGAGUUAAGUUUCUGUUUCCCGCUUCCCGCCUAAAUUU